UUUUUUUUUUAUUUAAUUUGUCUUUUUGUACUUAUAGACGUCCAUAACGUUGUUCGUAUUUGAUAAGACGUGAACAUCGAUACAUCCCAGCUAACUUUGAAAGAGGAUGGAAUCUAGGCAUAGAAAAAGAAGAAGAAGAAUUUGGUGUUCGUGAUGCUUUUGUGAUGAUUUGAGAAGUUGUCUUGCAGUGCAGACGCUGGUCAUUCUAACGCGCAAAUGGCAUUGUUUGGUCCCGCUUCUUUGCUUGAUCUUUCAGAUGACGUUCUUUUACUUAUCUUCUCCUAUUUGAAAGCCUGGGACCUCAUUCAUCUCGCCAAAACUUGUGAACGAUUUAGUAAAGUAGCCAGGGAUAAGUCGCUGUGGGUUGAAGUUGACUUCAGUGCUGGGUGCCUCUCUCUUCAACAGUUACGACAAUGGCACACUUUCCUCCGGCCAUCAACAAGACGCCUUAUUUUGCGAGGAUUCAAAAGAAGAUUUGCUGGGACCCCAAGGUCAAAGGUCCCUCUUAUAAGUGCAAGUUUUUUAAAGUUAUUAGGAGAAAAAUGUCAAGAACUAGAAGAACUAACAUUUUGUGAGGCUUUUAUUGAUGCAAGGAGAGUAAAGAUUCAUGACUUUCUCCCUGUAAAGUCUAUUAAAAAGCUUUCUUUAGUUGACUGUGAAUGUGUUAAUCUUCCUUCACCAGUAGUUGAAGGUUCUUAUUUCAAAAGAACCCACAAAAUUCUGACUAACUUGCAGUACCUCAAGAUUACCAAGUGUAACUGGAUUGAUGAUUAUGAUCUCAUGGUUCUCAGUAAAAUUGAUACACUUAAAAGUUUAGUGCUGCGGAACUUACCUAAAGUUGGCAGGGCCAUGGCUUACAUAGCGCUUGGAUUCCGUUUUGGAUUUCAGAAUCUCGAACACCUGGACUUGAGAGGGACCAGUUUAGAAGACAAUGAGGUCCUGUCUGUAGUACAGAAUGGUAAACUACAAUCACUGUAUGUAGGUCCAAUGGGGCCAAUCAAAAGACUUUCACAUGAUUCUGUUCAAGACCACAAUCUUGUUAUGCCUGACCCCCGUUGGCAAGAGGAAAGACAUCAAGUUGUUGUUAUAAAUGUUGGUCCUAAUGGCCCUCAUUGGCAGCAAGUUAAUGAUGAAGAACUUGAUGGAAUGGGUUUGCAGUGGGUGAGGAAUGCACCUGUUGUUCAGCAUAAUCGAGCAGAAGUAGUGGAUGAGGAUAGACAUUACUUUAUUGGGAGGGAUGGCAGACCAGUUGAACAUGAAGAUGAUAGUGAUUCUCAAGCUGGGGAAGGUGAUGAGGAGGAGGAGGAAGAUGAUGAAGAAGAUGAUGAAGAAGAAGAAAGAGAAGAGGGAAGAUUGCAAGAUGUUGAGGAUUCCAAGGCACAUAAUUUUACUUGCUGUAAUUCAGAAAAAAGGCACUUAUCUUCUUGUAAGGCAAAAACAUCUGAGCCCAAACAGCAGAAAAGUGAUGAAUCAAAGGUUUCAGAUGGAUCAUUGAAUGAGAGGGCCAAAAUAGAUGUUAACAAAGAGCAAUCUAGCAAGCAGAAACCAGUUGAUGAUGGAGAAGAAGAAAAUGUCAAUCAUGUAGAUAAUUUGCAAGGUUGUCAUCAAGUCAUAAAUGUUAAUGAUAAUAUUGACUUGGUUGAUGAACCUUACCAGGAACCUGAUGAAGGAUUGUCUGAUAAUUUGGUACGAGCCUUAGGCCAGAAUACCAAAGUGCUGCACACAUUAGUUCUUGCUGGAUGUGCUAUCUCUGAUUAUGGGCUACAGGAUAUCAUACGUUUAGUUCCUUCCCUCCGUUACUUAGAUGUUACUAAUACCAAAGUGACAGCUGCUGGUGUCCAGGAGGCUAGGGUAGCAAGGCCUGAAUGUGUAAUACUUGGUGGUGGCACAAGAGUUGUACGCCAUAGUGACAGAUGAUAUUUGUGAAAGCUUAUUUUCAAGUUGAUCAGGUAGUUUUAUACAGUCACUAUAUGAAGAUAACGUUCAUUUAAAAAAUAUUUAAGAAUGUCUUACAAAGAUACAAAGAUUACUGUUUACGUAAAGGUUAUUCAGGCAGAUCAUGAACAGUUGAAAAUUGUAAAUUUUGUAAACCUGCUGUAACUAUAGCCAUAUUAAAGGAAUUGGUAUUCCUUGGAGAGAGAGACAUGUUUCCUACCACAAAAUAAUGAGCAUAUAGUUAUGUGAGGUUAUUUUAUUCUUUAUUAUGUUUUGUAUACUAGUAUACUAAAAAUACCACUAGGUAUAUGACAUUUUUGUGGAUGAUAAUGAGGGAACAUGAGACUAUUUAAUCAUUCUUUAUAAAGUACUGGCAGACUUGUGUAUCAACCUUGAUAUCAUACAUGUAAGUUUCCUUAGUGGUUGUAUUAUUCACUCAGAAGCCAUAUUUAUUCACAUAGGUUAAAUGCAAAUGCUUGUUUGAAUAAAGCUUAAGAAUUUGUAACAGAAAAUGAGUUAGUUGAAGAAGAGAUGUAAGGUUUGAUGUUGCAUAUGAUUUUGAGUUAAUUUCUAUUUUGGUUUUAUGGAAAAUAAUUACUACUUGGUACUUGGGAAAGACAUUUUUGAACUCUUGAUGGAAAGGAAAUUUUUUGAAUUGUUUAAAUGAAGGCUUCCAUUAAAGAUCACAUGUAGUAACAGCACAUGUUCUUGCAUAAUCUUUGUAAUUUUCAGAAGACUGGUAACUUGCCAUAUCAUUUAGCAAAGAUGAUGAUUGUCUUUUUAUUAUGCUAGACAUUUCAGGCAUUUAGAGAAUUUUGAUAGUUACUAGGCACCUAACUUUUAAUCUGUUAUUAUGCCCUGUUUGAAGAGAAAGCAAUGCUGGUUGUGUUAUCUGGGUACUCAUGUUCAAGUUGUCAUUGAUUUAUUAUGAGUGCUUUGCUUUUUCCUGAAUGAUUUUGGUUUUUAUUUUCAUUCAUUUAUUUCUGUUGGUUUUCAGUUCAGAAGUCUUCCCUAUUUCAUCUCUAAUUUUGAUAAUAAUCUUGUUAUUGGGGAAGUUCUUUGUCUCCAGGUAAGGCUAGUGGAAUUGGCAACACCUGCUGUGAACAGUAAUAACAAACUCAGCCCCAAGUUGUGAGUUAGUGUAUUGAAGAGUACUUCCCAAAUUGGAUUUCCAAUACUCAUGAUUGUGUAAUUUCUCUCUGCAAAUUAUAUAUAGCUAAAGUGUUCUCCCUUUUUCCCAUCUUUAAAAGAUGUACACUUUGAAAAUGAAGAUAUCUAGAAGGACUUAUCAUGAGAAAGAAAAUGAAGAUAUGUAAAAGGACUGUCAUGAGAAAUUGUCAGCAAAAAUAGCAUCAAAUACGGUUAGUGAAAGUAUCUGAAAGAAGGCAUGCUUUUCAUGCAAAUGGCAGCAGUAGUAGUAUGCAGUAUGAUAGUGGAGGAGGGAACAUGUAAACAGAGACAUUAUGGUUUAGUUAAAGAGAAGAGAAUCUUCAAGCUUUAGUUGAGGAUGGGCAGGCAAGAGGAUAGAAAUGUAUGCAGGGAGGAGGAGCAAAGAAGAGUGAAGAGAAUGGAAUCAGAAUUUCAGUUCUGAUGAAAGUUGAAAAAGACCUUCAGGCUGAUUGAAGUAGAAUUUUGAAAAUCUUUAGAACUCAGAAAAUGAAUGUGAACUGGAGGAUGUUGGCAUAAUAGAGACCAGUAGAGAAUGUAAGAUUUGAAAACAUUAAAAGAGCCUUCACAGAUGAAGAGUGGAAAAGUCCCAAGACAAUCCAUUGAUUAGCAGACUAGAAUACAUAGUACAGCAUAUGGAAACCUUAUAAAGAAUGGGGUAGGAUAAGGUGAAUGGGAAAAGGCUAUGACAGUAAUAAUAUAGUACAAAAGAAGGAUCCAUUACAAUGUGGAUAUUUUAGAAGAAUGAGAUUCCUUGAAUGUUCUGUAGGAAAGGCUUAGGGAAAUCAGUAAACAAGUGGUAAUUGAGUUGUUUCAGCCUAGAAUGAGACAGCUAUGAAAAUGUAUCCUGUAAAGUGGAAGGAAAAUUAUACCAUAUAUUUUUAGCGCUUGGAAAUGUAUUUGACUUCUUACUGAGACAAGCAAUUAGAUAGGCGUUGCAAAAUCAAAAUGUUCUGGAAAGAUUCAUUAAUUAAUGACGUUUUUCUACUAUAACAGACACCCAAGAGUGAAAAUUGUGGCGGUGGUAUCAGAGGUAUUUGAGAUAAACAUUGGUAUUUAUCAAGAUCCUUCUGAUUUAUGCAGAUGAUCAAGUUUCAACAGUAGAAUCUGAGGAUCGAAAACUUGAUAGGAGAGUGGAGAGGAGGGGAUAAAAAAUGAAAAUUAGCAAAACAAUGUUAAAGGUGACUGAAAAAGAUGCUCAGGGAAAAAUAGAUAGAAAAGGGCCAUGUUGAUGGUGAGGAAAAAUUUUGAGGUUUGUGAUGAAUUCAUUGCCAUAUAUUGGAUAUAACAAUGUCAUCACAAGAGACACUCAGUAUUAAUAUAUGUAAGCAUAGGAGGUUAUUUAUGCCCUAAAUAUAUAAGAGGAGUAAAUGGAGAAGAUAGGAAGGUGGUGUACCAUGUUAUGUUAGAAGGGCAGGUCUGGGAAGAGGUAGAACUUAUGGAAGAAAAUUAGCAAAUGCCUAUGUGAAGUGGAAAGAGAAUAGCAUUGGAAAGAGAAUGUAGAAUGCUACAUGACAUUUAAAUAAAAGUAUCAUAUAAGUAAAAUAAAAAUUUAUGAUGCAUGUAAGAAGCCUGUACUGCUGUAUGUAGCAAAACUGUGGGUAUGAAAAAAGGAAAUAGAGAAGGAUAUGUUUUGUUGAGAUAUAAAUAUAGAAUGUCAAGCUGCACAAACAGUAUGAUGGGAAAAUGUAAUUACAAAGAAGGAAGUGGCAGAGAGGGAAAUGAGGUACAGCAUCUCGAAAAUGGACCGAGGGAAAGUUUAGAGAUUGUUCAGAUAUGAUGAAAAGUUGUAGCAAAGUAAAGACCCGUAGGAAGGCUUGGAAAUCAAGGCAUAGAUAACAAUCCAGACAGUAUGGAAAUUCAUGCGUAAAGCGAACAAGACAUGAAAGUAGAGAGGACCCAUUAGUAGAAUGUUGCAUAGCUUUGAAUCUAGGUUUGAUUCCUCUAAGAACAUGUUGGAGGAUAAUAUUUGACUGCUUGCCUCUUCAUACUUGAAAUAUUGUGCAACUUACAAUUGGUUAAAUUAUGUAGAAGUCUUUGGUCAAGCUCUGCUCCCAGUUCAUGGUCCAUUCAUGAAGGGCUGAUAAUUCUAAAGGCUCUUAAGUAUUUUUCAGUUGGAAUGGCCUGUGUAAAUGAUACCUCCAUAAUUUCAAGGAUACUUCAGUUGGAAUGGCCUGUGUAAAUGAUACCUCCAUAAUUUCAAGGUCAUCACUGAAAAAUACUUCAAUUUCUCAACAAGUAGAGAUUAUUUGAAACAUAGGUGACCUUUUUGCAAAUACAGAUGUGUAUGCAGCCUCUCUCCAUUAGUUAACCUUCACAGCCUGUGCUAAUAUACACUAAUACAUACACCCAUGACCAGGCUAUAUUUAAGGAUGGCUAAUUUAAAGGAAAAACUAAACAAAACUCAUCAGUUGAAAGAGGAAGAUAUACUUAUUCUCAUGGUAUAAGAAAAAAAUUCUAAAAAAAUAUCUGUACCUUCCAAGGGAAGUUGAAAUUGAAUAUUUACCUCCUGGUGCAGGUCUCUUUUCCCCAAGACAGUCGUAAAAAUAUGCCAAUUUUACCAAGUUAUAAGUGUUCUUUCUAAUAAUUUUUUUAUUUUGUCAAAUUAUAAUUACAGCUCAAUGAAAAUCAUAACAGAUAAGUACUAAACCCACGAACAAAUUCUGAGUAUAUUUAUUGUAAAAUAUGACGCAUCCUUGGAUGGGAAAUUGUAACAACAUUCCCCUUUACCACAUCAACCUUCAGCUAGAAAGUCCUGUACUGUGGCUAGAAUGUCCCACCUAAAUGUACCAGUGUUAACAUUUAUUUGCAUGUACUGUAUUAAAUUACUGCACAUUAUGUUAAACACAUUGUAAUGUAGUAGAAAUAAGCCUAGAAUAUGUUUUGAAGAAAAUGCCAUUUACAAGCUUUGCUAGCAUUUAUGACACUUUGCUAGCAUUAAUGAGUCAUUCAUCAGUUGAUAUAAUGUUAUUGUUUGUAAACAAUUGCCACUUGACUUCUAGAGAUAUUUAUUGGUUUUGUUUUAUUUAUUGUACAAU